CUAUGCAAACGGAAGUGAUAAUUUUUAAUAAUAUUUUUAUUUUGCCGAAAAUAUCAAGAAAUUAGCUGUUUUUGAUCUUCAUAUCAUGCAUUAAUCCACAAUACUAUUCUCUCACAAGGAAGGAAUGGGUGCGUAUGCCAGUAACUUCCAGCCUGACACAGGAAGCAUUGUAUCUGAUAUAACCGAUCCUACAAGGUCAAACUGGAUAACAGCCCAUGCUGAAGCAACUGGUUUGGCUAUUGUUGAAGUAGAGCGCCUGUGGUUGAGGUUCAAGCAGUUAGGAUGUGACAAGUAUGGGACUCUGCCUGGUAGCAAGCUCAAUGAGCCACAGCUCACACAGGAUCCCUUCUUUAAGAAUGUACUGAGGUCAUUUAGAUCUGACGAUGGAGACAUUGCAUUUCAAACAUUCCUUAAUGCAAUGCAAUGGUGUGAGGUAUCAGAAACAGAAAUGAAGCUUAGAGCCAUAUUCCAACUCUUGAACAAUGGAGAUCCUGUAGACCAAGACCACCUUGUGAGGAUUCUCACCAGACUCUAUCCUGAGGAUAGUGAGGAAGCAGUUCAAAGGAUUGCUGGUGUUUUUAUGGAACAAAUGGACAAAAGAAAGAAAGGAUACAUCGAUGAGCAAACAUUUGUACAAUGGAUCCUAAAAAUGCCACGGGAGACAGUGGAGCCUGUGUUAGAGUUUAGUAUCAUCCCUUCAGAUAUAAACGCUGAUGCUCAUAGAGCUUUCUCUACAGCACAACCUGCUUCUCUGGAUGAGCCCCAAAUCCCUAGUGAUGAGCUCCUAGGUCAUGUCGCACGGAGAUGUCACAAGCGAGACUGGAGCCUACUUGCAAACAACCUUGGUUACCUUCAAGAGGAUAUCGCCAACAUAAAAAAGACUAUAGGAAAUGAUUCAGAAAAACAAUUGCUAGAAAUCCUUACAAGAUGGCGGGUUCAAAACGGCACUUCUGCUACAACAGAUGAGCUAGAAACUGCACUGAGGGAAUCUGGAUUUGGAAAUGUU